GUAAUUACCCAGCACAGGAACCAGGAAGAGAAGUUUGAAUGCAACACGCGUCCUAUUUUUUGUUUUGGGCAACAAUUUUGAUGCGAGUUUCAUAAUGAGGAUUGUUUUUAAGUGAUCGGCAAUGUCUGAUAAGGGUCCUGUAUUAACGUCAGGUAUCAUUUUUUACCUAUCGAUCGGGGCAGCAAUAUUUCAAAUACUUGAAGAACCCAAUUGGAAACUGGCCAAAUCCGAAUAUUCCCGUCAAAAGGAAAACAUUCUUAAAACAUAUCCGUGCUUGACUAAAGAAGAUCUGAACUAUAUUUUGGGGGUGGUGUCAGACGCUGCUGGACAAGGUGUGACCAUCGCUGGAGAGAAUACCUACAACAACUGGGACUGGACCAAUUCGGUUGUCUUUGCUGCCACUAUUGUCACUACCAUAGGUUAUGGUAAUGUUGCCCCAAAGACGGCUGGCGGCCGUAUAUUCUGCAUCCUGUAUGGCCUGUGUGGGAUCCCUCUCUGCCUCACCUGGAUUAGUGAGCUGGGCUCGUUCUUCGGAGACAGAGCCAAGCGCCUGGGACAGGUCCUGGUACUCAAAGGCCUUAGUGUGAAAAAGGUCCAGUUGAUCUGCACGGCCAUCUUCCUCCUGUGGGGUCUGCUGGUACACCUGGUGAUUCCCCCGUUUGUGUUCAUGUCCCUGGAGGGAUGGUCGUACCUGGAGGGCUUCUACUUCUCCUUCAUCACCCUCACCACUGUCGGCUUCGGGGACUACGUCGCCGGUAUCAAUCCGAACAUAGACUACCCAAGGCUGUACCGGGUGUUUGCAGAGGUGUGGAUCUACAUGGGUCUGGCCUGGCUGUCUCUGUUCUUCAGCUGGAACGUCCACAUGGUUGUGUCGGCCCACAAGGUCCUGAAGAAGAGAAGGCAGAGACACAGGAUGGACCACCCGGACCAUCGAUGGCAGCCCGAGAAGGACGACAUCCGCAGCCCUCGCCGCCUCCCCACCGCCGUCGACAUCUUCAACUUCCUGUCUGAGAAGCAUGAGGACUACAGCACGGCCAUCAGGCAGAUUGGCGCUGCCACGAAGCCGAAGACGGAAUUCAAGGAGUUGAGUCGUUCAAAGAGCUGUAGUGACAUCCUGGGGACGAAUAUCCAAACCCUGGAGCAUUCCCCACGCCGCCUGAGGCGCCACCUCAGCAUCAGUCACAAUAUGUUACUAAGCAGCUUUGGGAUGGGAGAGGAGGGGCAGAGGCUUAUCGAGGAUGACCCUGUUUUUAUGGGAGACCCUGUCUUUAUGAAAGACCCUGUGUUUGAGGAGAACUGUCUGGAUAGGGACACUAGAGCGAAGGCUGUUAAUGUGUCCAACUCAAAAGAGAACCUCAACCCCGCCGAUCUAGGUCCUAACGUCAACAAAGAGGAGAAUGUUCAGAAUCAAGAUGGUGGAGAGAAUAGGUUUACUGUAUCAAAGGUAGUGGAGGGGGAUUCGGGAGAGGAGAAUGAUGAGAAAGGCUGAAGCCUUGGAUCCAUCCUCUUCAUGGAGAACUGAAUGAUGUAAUCAAAAGGGGACCAUCGCGCUUUCAUAGAAGUUUGGUUGGUGCGUAAAACCCGUGAAUUCAGAUAAAUAAAAAGGUGUGAUGGGUCUGCGGAUCAUCACAACUUUUUAUUUAUUGUACCCAUCACAACUUUUAAUUUAUCACCCCCAUCACACCUUUUCAUGUAUCACCCCAUCACCUUUUUAUUUAUCGUACCCAUCACACCUUUUUAUUUAUCACAGCUUUUCAUGUAUCACACUGAUCACACCUGUUUAUCCAUCUGAACUGAAUGAUGUAGAAGCAUCAUAACAAGGUCCUGGGACAGCCAGAGACAAUGGCAGAGUUAGGAUUGGUCAUAUUCCCCUGUGGUGAGGAGUGGGUCCAAAUGUUCAACGGUUUUCCUUAACAUAGUGAUCAGUGAAAUGUAUGACCCAGGAUUAUCAAGGCCUAAGAUCAUGAAUACACAGUCUAGACAGCUUCCUGUCUUCUCUGUCAUGUUUAUCUCGAUGUUAAACACACAUUUUGGUCUGUGGGGAAAGUAAAGAAAGGAAAAUAUAGCAAACAAUGGACUCAGAGUUGCCAGUGUGAUUUACCUGACUCUAAAAUGAGAAAACUGAAAGCAACGUAGUUUGUCUAUUGUUACAAACUGCCUUCAGAAAUAAAGUUUACAUGAGUUUC